AUGUCCUCCGCUACUAGCACUACCACCGCCACACCCUCCGGAACGGAGACCAAGAAACCCGUUAUCCGAAACAACGACCAUCUCCCGAAACUCGCCAUCGAGUUCAAGGCUCCCCAGCCCGUCUUCAAGCGCGGCCGCAGCGUCUUCUUCGCCGGCUCCAUCGAGAUGGGCGCCGCCAUCGACUGGCAGUCCGGGCUCGCGAAGCGCGUCGCCCACCUCCCCUGCACCAUCCUCAACCCGCGUCGUCUGGACUGGAACAACGAAUGGGAGCAGCGCGACCGCGACCCGCAGUUCCGCGAGCAGGUCGAGUGGGAGCUCGACGGGCUCAACACCGUCGACGUCAUCUCGAUGUACUUCGACCCGAACACGAAGUCGCCGAUCUCGCUGCUCGAGCUCGGGCUGUACGCGACGAGCGGGCGGAUGGUGGUGGGAUGUCCGGACGGGUUUUUCAGGAAAGGCAACGUGGAGGUGGUGUGCAGGAGGUGGGAGAUCCCGCUGUUCGAGACCUUUGACGAGUUGGCGGACGAGGUCGUGCGGAGGCUGCAGGACUAG